AUCAUCAAAAUCCCAAAACUUCAUCAUUUUUUUCUACAGGCGGCCAAAAACAGAGUACAUCCAAUAUGAGUAACCGACGGAAACAGAGCACCACUGCCGGCAUCUUCCUCUGCAUCACCAUCUCCACCUUAUCUUUAUUAUCCGGCGAUGUCUCCGCCUUGGGAGUAAACUGGGGUACAAUGGCAACUCAUCAGCUCCCUCCAAAGACGGUGGUUCAGAUGUUAAAAGACAACAACGUUAAAAAAGUGAAGCUUUUCGAUGCCGACACAAACACCAUGGUAGCUCUUGCCGGAUCCGGUAUUGAAGUUAUGGUUGCAAUCCCUAACGAUCAGCUCAAAGCCAUGGGAAGUUAUAACAGAGCUAAAGAUUGGGUCAGAAGAAACAUCACUCGUUUCAACGACGACGUUAAAAUCAAAUAUGUCGCCGUUGGGAAUGAGCCGUUUUUGACAGCUUACAAUGGAUCAUUCAUUAACCUAACUUAUCCAGCACUCUUCAACAUCCAAAAAGCAUUAAACGAAGCCGGAGUUGGAGAUUUCAUCAAAGCCACCGUACCUUUGAACGCUGACGUCUAUAAUUCUCCGCUGGAAAAUCCAGUUCCUUCAGCCGGAAGUUUCCGUCAAGACAUCUUUGAAGAGAUGAAACUAAUAGUCAACUUCUUGGCUCAUAACAAAGCUCCCUUCACCGUCAACAUUUAUCCUUUCCUAAGUCUUUACCUCAGCAGCGACUUCCCUUUUGACUACGCCUUCUUCAAUGGCCAAAACACUGUCAGCGAUAACGGCGUUAUCUAUACAAAUGUUUUCGACGCCAAUUUCGAUACCCUCUUGGCUUCACUCAGAGCAUUGGGUCAUGGAGAUAUGAUGGUUAUAGUUGGAGAAGUUGGUUGGCCAACAGAUGGUGACAAGAACGCUAAUAUCCCAAACGCAGAACGCUUCUACACAGGUCUGCUUCCGAAGCUAGCAGCCAACAGAGGAACACCUAUGCGUCCGGGUUACAUUGAAGUUUAUCUCUUCGGAUUCAUUGAUGAAGAUGCAAAGAGUAUAGCUCCUGGUAACUUUGAACGUCACUGGGGGAUAUUCAAAUACGAUGGCCAGCCGAAAUUUCCAGCGGAUUUGUCAGGGGCAGGUCAGAAGAAGAUCUUAACCGGAGCUCAAAAUGUUCAGUACUUGCAAAACCAGUGGUGUAUGUUAAACCCUGAUGGCCUCACUUUCAGUAACAACACUAACCAGCUCGGGGAUAACGUAAACUACGCGUGUACCUUCUCUGACUGCACAGCUUUGGGGUAUGGUUCCUCUUGUGGUAAUCUCGAUGAGGUCGGGAAUGCGUCGUAUGCAUUCAACAUGUAUUUUCAGGUGCAGAAUCAGAAGGCAGAGGCUUGUGACUUUGAGGGCCUUGCAAUUAUCACUACCCAGAAUAUUUCUAGAGAACAGUGUAAUUUUCCUAUUCAAAUCGGAGAUCCAACAUCGGGACAUAGUGAUCAUAACCAUAGGUUCAUCGGCUUGGCUCUGGUGAGUAUGUUGCUACUCUUUAUGGCACUAUGAGCUUUUCCAGUUUUGCUUCUUGUUUGGUUUUAUGCAUUGUAGUAUAUUGCUAAUUCUUGAGUCA